CCGUUUCCAUUUCCGCCCUGAUCCACACUUCUCAGAAACGAAAGCUCUGUUUCAGCAUUGCUGAAAAACCUAGCUGCACCCAUUAGCAAUCUAGUCUUUCUGCAGCGACGAACGAUCACAGAGUUUCUAUACGUUAUUUGUCGAGACCAUUUAAUAAAGUUUUGCAAUGGAAUUAGAAAAUGAGCAGAUAGCAUCCUUAUUGUUUGAUGGAUUCAUAGAGUCAAUAUUCCCAGAAGGUGUUCCAGAGAGUCGAGAAACAUCUGUACAAGAUACAAGUGCAAAGAAAGAUUUUAGAUUAGAUGGUGCCAUAAAAAGCAAAACAGUUCCGAAAGAUAUACAAGAAACACCAACAGAUGUACCUGUUGACCCAAGCAAAAUAAAUCGUACUGCUGUUAAAGAAUCAGUCGCAGAAUUGAUUAAGAUUGCAGAUUUGCUUAUAGUACCACAACGUGCAAAGAAAACAAAAGAGGAUUAUGCAGCUGAGGUAGAUGAUCUACUCAGUACAACAUUGAAUGUUCGAUAUCAGGCGUUCAAAUCCUUUUUGGAUUCAUUAUUUGAGCCACUCAGUGUCAAUGAAUCACACGCAAUUGUGUUGUAUCUCAUCCAAACUCUUGGUCCUAAAUAUGGUGCACAGCUUGUGUUGAACUGUAGGAGAUACUAUAAACAGACAUAUCAAGAUGUUACGGCAAAACUUUACAAGGAAAAAACUCAAGGCAGUUCUGUGUAACAAGAAGAUCAAUGGUUAGUCCAGAGGUGUGUUAUUUUGGAAGGAUUGACUGGUGCAGAGCACUCCCUUGUUACAAAAGUCCGGAUACUGAUUUAAAUCUUUGAAAUUAAAAAGUGCUGCAUUUGUAUUGAAAAUUAUAGUAGAAAGCUGUCUCAUAUUUGAUAAGAUGAAUUUAUUUCAUAAACUUCUCUGUUCCUCUCAACUAGCAAGAUCAAGGAAGCCAUCCUUGAAAUACAGAAGCUGAUCUAGACUGAACUAAUAGUGUCAAAUUCUUUCAAAAUAUAAAUAAUAAUUUAGUUACGGAUAAAUUUCUUAUAAAAAUUGCACAUUCAUUAUAACCUAGUGAAACAUAUGCCAAAAUUAUUCGUUGAAAAAUAAAGUUCCCCCGUCAUGGUGAGUGUACUUCACUGACCAGCAUAGGAAAUUGUAAUUUCUUUGGGAAAAAUAGAACAAUGCAUUAUGCUCUGCUCCUCUGGUUUAUGUCUUCCUAUCAGAAGUUUUAUCAUUUGCCCAUCAAAUGCCAUAUGUGUGCUCCACUCACACGAAUUCUGUGCCCGAAUGAUGGACGCAGCCUGUUGGUUGCUAUAUUAAAGGGCUCUUUUUGCGGCUGCUGUAAUCUAAGGUCUUAUUUGCAGACGCAAUCAUAAAGAAUAACAACAGAUUUCUCCAAGCUGUAAUAGAUAUUUUUAACUUACGAUUAGAUUAUGUUUUCAAACCAGAAAACCUUUUUCAACUUUCUCACAAAACUAACUGCCUAAUUGUGUGAAAAAUUAAAUACAUAAGAAAGAAGUUAAUGAUACACACAAGGUCUAUAAUAAUAUAAAAAUAAUAAUAAAUAAUUUGUUUAAAGUUGGCGUACUAAAUGAACGGCUGAUAGCUAUAAAGAAGCUAAUUAAGGCCAACUAUCUAUAAAGAGUUAGUAUGAAAUAGAAAUAUAUGAUACAAUAUUAAAAAGGUUUAAGGUAUAAUGUUCUAAAUAAAACCUAACCCAGCAAUAAAUUUUUUACACAAUCUACAGUCGCAUUCUAUAGGGUGUGCUCUUAAUUCUUUUUUAAAUGUUGCCAAUGAUUGGGACUCUCUUAUACUGUGAGGUAGUGUUUGCCACAGUUUUUGACCUAAAUAUCUCACAGUUUCUAUACCAUAAGAAGUUGUCCUGGCUUUUGGAAUGCAAAGAUUAUUUUUAGUUCGCAAA